AUGGCGUUUCUGAAUUGGUUCUUCAAGAAGCCACCAGAGGGACUCGUUCAAGUCUCUGAUAGGGUUUAUGUCUUCAACUCGGUGUUCUCCCUGGACCCCCUCGAGGAGCAGGCCUACACGCGCUACAUCGAGGACACCGCCAAGAAGCUGCGCGGCACUUUCCCAGAAAGCGCGUUCAUGGUCUUCAACUUCAAGAAGGACGAGCGCAAGAGCCGGUUCACAGAGCUGCUGGGGCAACUAGACAUGACGGUCAUGGACUACCCGUUCCACUACGAGGGCUGCCCUCUCCUCAGCAUGGAGAUGAUCCACCACUUUGUGACAACGUCCGACAACUGGCUGAGCGUCGACGUGAACAAGAACCAGAUCCUGCUGCACUGCGAUUACGGGGGGUGGCCGCUGCUAGUGUUCAUCAUCUCGUGCUUUCUCAUCUUCCGACACGAGCAGACGGGGGAGACCAAGACACUAGACUUGGUCCAGAGAGAGGCGCCUCGGGGGCUGCUGCAAGAAGUGUCGGCGAUCAAUUACAGCGCUUCGCAGGUCCGCUAUCUGCAGUACAUUUCCAGGCGGAAUGUGAAGGCAGAUGAGUGGCCGCCAAAUGACAAGAUUCUGGUGCUGGACUGUUUGAUCAUGCGCACGGUGCCGAGCUUCAAUGCGGACGGGGGGUGCCGGCCAGUGGUGCGCCUCUAUGGAAGGGACCCCCAUGGGAGCAGCCAGGCGACCGAGCAGAUCUUUUCAAUGGGCAAGAAGAGCCGCUCGACCAAGGCGUACAGCAAGCGGGACACUGACGUCAUCAAGAUCGACAUCCAGUGUGCGGUGCACGGCGAUGUCGUGAUGGAGUGCAUCCAUCUGGACCUGGAGUCUGACCGCGAGAAGGAGGAGCUCAUGUUCCGGAUCGUCUUCAACACGGCCUUCGUGCGGUCCAACCUGCUGAUGCUGUCGCGGGAUGACAUCGACAUUCCGUGGAACACCAAGGAGCGCUUUGAGAAGGAGUUCAGGGCUGAGGCCCUGUUCGGCAACCCCGAGACGUUCCAGUACCACGAGCCCGUGCACCGCUCGUCCAUGUUCGGUGACCGCGACGACGAGUCGGUCAGCUCGGACCUCGUCCCGACCUCCCCCCCUUCCACCUCCGACUCCCCGCGCCGCGCCUUCGCGCGGGUCCACUCCGCAGAGACCCUCUCCGAGUACGAAAACGGCGUCAGCAAGUUCACGAUCUACGGCUCCUCCCCCGACCUCGCCUCACAGGGCCUUUCUCCAAUGUCGUCAAACGCCAGCCAGGGUUUCUCGCAGCCGUCGCCCCCGGGUUCCGCGCGCCAGAGCACCUCCGGCCAAAAGCUGUCGAGUCCGCUGCCCCCGCUCGCCCCGCACCCGAGACCCCCUCCGCCGCCCCCCCUGAAAUUGGGAGGCCCCCCUCCGCCUCCCCCCCCUCCGCGACCAAUUUCGAGCUCAGCGCCCCCACCCCCUCCGCCCCCACCCCGACCACCGUCCGCCUCCGCGCCUCCCCCCCUCCCCCUCCGCCUCU